GAAAUGGGAACGGGGAGGCGAAAGGCCGCGACGUGAGCGCGCGACCUCCGGCGCCAUUUUGUAGAGAAAUAAGCGGAGUUAACCGAAGAGGGGGUCGAGGAGAGCCGGAGUCGGGGACCCAGGAGUUUCCUGUGUCCAGCGCUGCCGGAGCCGCCUGAGGUGCCAUGUUUCAGAACAGAGUAAGACUCCUGGUAAAGAAGAACUGAAAAUAUUAUACAGAUACCAGAUAUAGCCUAAUUACAAAGAAAGCAUUAACCUGCCUCUGAGGUGACUAAAGGGGAAUAAUGGUGAUUUUGCGCCGGGCUCGGCCGCCUGCUUCCGCCCCAACCAGCAAUGAAUCUUGACUCGCUCUCGCUGGCCUUGUCUCAAAUCAGCUACCUGGUGGACAAUUUAACCAAGAAAAAUUACCGAGCCAGCCAGCAGGAAAUACAGCAUAUUGUGAAUCGGCACGGUCCUGAGGCAGACAGGCAUUUAUUACGCUGCCUAUUUUCGCAUGUGGAUUUCAGUGGCGAUGGUAAAAGCAGUGGCAAAGAUUUCCAUCAGACUCAGUUUCUGAUUCAGGAGUGUGCGUUGCUGAUUACAAAGCCAAAUUUUAUCUCGACGCUGUCCUAUGCCAUUGAUAAUCCAUUGCACUAUCAGAAGAGUUUAAAACCUGCACCCCACUUAUUUGCCCAGCUGAGUAAAGUGCUCAAAUUAAGCAAAGUACAAGAGGUAAUUUUUGGCCUUGCCCUGUUGAAUUCUUCCAGCUCAGAUCUUAGAGGUUUCGCUGCCCAGUUUAUCAAACAGAAGCUUCCAGAUCUUCUGCGUUCUUACAUUGACGCAGACGUCAGUGGAAAUCAAGAAGGUGGCUUCCAAGAUAUAGCAAUAGAGGUCCUACACCUCCUCCUCUCCCAUCUCCUCUUUGGGCAGAAGGGAGCCUUUGGAGUUGGACAAGAACAGAUAGACGCUUUUCUUAAGACGCUGCGCAGAGAUUUUCCCCAAGAACGCUGUCCUGUGGUGCUCGCACCACUUUUAUACCCUGAAAAACGGGACAUUCUAAUGGACAGGAUCCUGCCUGAUUCCGGAGGGGUAGCUAAAACCAUGAUGGAGAGCUCUUUGGCUGAUUUCAUGCAAGAAGUAGGCUAUGGCUUUUGUGCAAGUAUUGAAGAAUGUCGCAAUAUAAUCAUGCAGUUUGGUGUUCGGGAGGUCACAGCUGCCCAGGUUGCAAGGGUUUUGGGAAUGAUGGCUCGAACUCAUUCAGGAUUAACAGAUGGCAUUCCAUUACAGAGUAUUUCUGCUCCAGGCAGUGGGAUCUGGAGUGAUGGGAAAGAUAAAAGUGAUGGAGCACAGGCACACACGUGGAAUGUAGAAGUCUUGAUUGAUGUUCUUAAAGAACUGAAUCCGAGUUUGAAUUUCAAGGAAGUAACUUAUGAACUGGACCAUCCUGGAUUUCAAAUUCGUGACAGUAAAGGACUUCAUAAUGUGGUUUAUGGCAUUCAGAGGGGUUUGGGUAUGGAAGUGUUCCCAGUAGACCUCAUAUAUAGACCUUGGAAACAUGCUGAAGGCCAGCUCUCCUUCAUUCAACAUUCCCUUAUAAAUCCAGAGAUCUUCUGUUUUGCUGACUAUCCCUGUCAUACUGUUGCCACUGAUAUUCUGAAAGCACCACCAGAGGAUGACAAUCGAGAAAUUGCCACGUGGAAGAGCUUGGAUUUGAUUGAAUCUCUGCUGAGGCUUGCAGAGGUUGGGCAGUAUGAGCAAGUCAAACAGCUCUUCAGCUUCCCUAUCAAACACUGUCCAGACAUGCUGGUAUUGGCCUUACUACAAAUUAACACCUCUUGGCAUACCUUGCGCCAUGAACUUAUCUCCACUCUGAUGCCAAUUUUCCUUGGAAACCAUCCUAACUCAGCUAUUAUUUUGCACUAUGCAUGGCAUGGGCAGGGACAGUCUCCCUCAAUUCGCCAACUUAUCAUGCAUGCAAUGGCAGAAUGGUACAUGAGAGGGGAGCAGUAUGAUCAGGCCAAAUUGUCUCGAAUACUUGAUGUGGCCCAGGACUUGAAGGCCUUGUCAAUGCUGCUAAAUGGUACUCCAUUUGCCUUUGUUAUUGACCUUGCUGCACUUGCUUCACGUCGUGAAUACCUCAAACUUGAUAAAUGGCUCACAGAUAAAAUUCGAGAGCAUGGGGAGCCUUUUAUCCAGGCGUGUAUGACUUUUUUAAAGAGACGGUGUCCUUCUAUUUUGGGUGGACUUGCCCCAGAAAAAGACCAGCCCAAAAGUGCUCAACUUCCUCCAGAAACUCUGGCGACAAUGUUGGCCUGUCUGCAAGCUUGUGCGGGGAGUGUUUCUCAGGAGCUAUCGGAAACUAUCCUCACCAUGGUAGCCAAUUGCAGUAAUGUUAUGAAUAAGGCCAGACAACCACCACCUGGAGUUAUGCCAAAAGGCCGUCCUCCUAGUGCUAGCAGCUUAGAUGCCAUUUCUCCUGUUCAGAUUGACCCUCUUGCUGGAAUGACAUCUCUUAGUAUAGGUGGUUCAGCUGCCCCUCACACCCAGAGUAUGCAGGGUUUUCCUCCAAAUUUGGGUUCUGCAUUCAGUACCCCUCAGUCACCAGCAAAAGCAUUUCCACCCCUUUCAACCCCCAAUCAAACCACUGCAUUCAGUGGUAUUGGAGGACUUUCAUCACAGCUUCCAGUAGGUGGUCUUGGCACAGGCAGCCUGACUGGUAUAGGAACUGGUGCUCUUGGACUCCCUGCAGUGAAUAACGACCCUUUUGUACAGAGGAAAUUGGGCACCUCUGGACUGAAUCAGCCUACAUUCCAGCAGAGUAAGAUGAAACCUUCGGACUUGUCUCAGGUGUGGCCAGAGGCAAACCAGCACUUUAGUAAAGAGAUAGAUGAUGAAGCAAACAGCUAUUUUCAGCGAAUAUAUAAUCAUCCACCACAUCCAACCAUGUCUGUUGAUGAGGUAUUAGAAAUGCUGCAGAGAUUUAAAGACUCUACUAUAAAGAGGGAACGAGAAGUGUUUAACUGUAUGCUAAGGAACUUGUUUGAAGAAUAUCGUUUUUUUCCCCAGUAUCCUGAUAAAGAGUUACAUAUAACAGCCUGCCUGUUUGGUGGCAUAAUUGAGAAAGGACUGGUCACUUACAUGGCACUAGGUCUGGCUCUACGAUAUGUUCUUGAAGCCUUACGCAAGCCUUUUGGAUCCAAAAUGUAUUAUUUCGGGAUUGCUGCACUAGAUAGAUUUAAAAACAGAUUGAAGGACUAUCCCCAGUAUUGUCAGCAUUUGGCUUCUAUCAGUCACUUUAUGCAAUUUCCACAUCAUUUACAGGAGUAUAUUGAGUAUGGACAGCAGUCUAGAGAUCCUCCUGUGAAAAUGCAAGGCUCUAUCACAACUCCUGGAAGUAUUGCACUGGCUCAGGCCCAGGCUCAGGCCCAGGUUCCAGCAAAAGCUCCUCUUGCUGGUCAAGUUAGCACUAUGGUUACCACCUCAACAACCACCACUGUUGCUAAAACGGUUACAGUCACCAGGCCAACUGGAGUCAGCUUUAAGAAAGAUGUGCCACCUUCUAUUAAUACUACAAAUAUAGAUACGUUGCUUGUAGCCACCGAUCAAACUGAGAGAAUUGUGGAGCCCCCGGAAAAUAUCCAGGAGAAAAUUGCUUUUAUUUUCAAUAAUCUCUCACAGUCAAAUAUGACACAAAAGGUUGAAGAGCUGAAGGAAACCGUGAAAGAAGAAUUUAUGCCUUGGGUUUCGCAGUAUCUGGUUAUGAAGAGAGUCAGUAUUGAGCCAAACUUUCAUAGCCUGUAUUCAAACUUCCUUGACACGCUGAAGAAUCCUGAAUUUAACAAGAUGGUUCUGAAUGAGACCUACAGAAACAUUAAAGUGCUCCUGACCUCAGAUAAAGCUGCGGCCAAUUUCUCAGAUCGUUCUUUGCUGAAGAACUUGGGACAUUGGCUAGGAAUGAUCACAUUAGCUAAAAACAAACCCAUCUUACACACUGACUUGGAUGUGAAAUCAUUGCUGCUAGAGGCUUAUGUUAAAGGACAACAAGAAUUGCUCUACGUAGUGCCCUUUGUUGCCAAAGUCUUAGAAUCUAGCAUUCGUAGUGUGGUUUUUAGGCCACCAAACCCUUGGACAAUGGCAAUUAUGAAUGUAUUAGCUGAGCUACAUCAGGAGCAUGACUUAAAGUUAAACUUGAAGUUUGAAAUUGAGGUUCUCUGCAAGAACCUUGCAUUAGACAUCAAUGAGCUAAAACCUGGAAACCUCCUAAAGGAUAAAGAUCGCCUGAAGAAUUUAGAUGAGCAACUCUCUGCUCCAAAGAAAGAUGUCAAGCAGCCAGAAGAACUCCCUCCCAUCACAACCACAACAACUUCUACUACACCAGCUACCAACACCACUUGUACAGCCACGGUUCCACCACAGCCACAGUACAGCUACCAUGACAUCAAUGUCUAUUCCCUUGCGGGCCUGGCACCACACAUUACUCUAAAUCCAACAAUUCCCUUGUUUCAGGCCCAUCCGCAGUUGAAGCAGUGUGUGCGUCAGGCAAUUGAACGGGCUGUCCAGGAGCUGGUCCAUCCUGUGGUUGAUCGAUCAAUUAAGAUUGCCAUGACUACUUGUGAGCAAAUAGUCAGGAAGGAUUUUGCUCUGGAUUCGGAGGAAUCUCGAAUGCGAAUAGCAGCUCAUCACAUGAUGCGUAACUUGACAGCUGGAAUGGCAAUGAUUACAUGCAGGGAACCUUUGCUCAUGAGCAUAUCUACCAACCUAAAAAACAGUUUUGCCUCAGCCCUUCGUACUGCUUCCCCACAACAAAGGGAAAUGAUGGAUCAGGCAGCUGCUCAGUUAGCUCAGGACAAUUGUGAGUUGGCUUGCUGUUUUAUUCAGAAGACUGCAGUAGAAAAAGCAGGCCCUGAGAUGGACAAGAGAUUAGCAACUGAAUUUGAGCUGAGAAAACAUGCUAGGCAAGAAGGACGCAGAUACUGUGAUCCUGUUGUUUUAACAUAUCAAGCCGAACGGAUGCCAGAGCAAAUCAGGCUGAAAGUUGGUGGUGUGGAUCCAAAGCAGUUGGCUGUUUACGAAGAGUUUGCACGCAAUGUUCCUGGCUUCUUGCCUACAAAUGACUUAAGUCAGCCCACAGGAUUUUUAGCCCAGCCCAUGAAGCAAGCUUGGGCAACAGAUGAUGUAGCUCAGAUUUAUGAUAAGUGUAUUACAGAACUGGAACAGCAUCUACAUGCCAUCCCACCAACUUUGGCCAUGAACCCUCAAGCUCAGGCUCUUCGAAGUCUCUUGGAGGUUGUAGUUUUAUCUCGAAACUCUCGGGAUGCCAUAGCUGCUCUUGGAUUGCUCCAAAAGGCUGUAGAGGGCUUACUAGAUGCCACAAGUGGUGCUGAUGCUGACCUGCUGCUGCGCUACAGGGAAUGCCACCUCUUGGUACUAAAAGCUCUGCAGGAUGGCCGGGCAUAUGGGUCUCCAUGGUGCAACAAACAGAUCACAAGGUGCCUAAUUGAAUGUCGGGAUGAAUAUAAAUAUAAUGUGGAGGCUGUGGAGCUGCUAAUUCGCAAUCAUUUGGUUAAUAUGCAGCAGUAUGAUCUUCAUCUAGCGCAGUCAAUGGAGAAUGGCUUAAACUACAUGGCUGUGGCAUUCGCUAUGCAAUUGGUAAAAAUCCUGCUGGUGGAUGAAAGGAGUGUUGCUCAUGUUACUGAGGCAGAUCUGUUCCACACCAUUGAAACCCUCAUGAGGAUUAACGCUCAUUCCAGAGGCAAUGCUCCAGAAGGAUUGCCCCAGCUGAUGGAAGUAGUGCGAUCCAACUAUGAAGCAAUGAUUGAUCGUGCUCACGGAGGCCCAAACUUUAUGAUGCAUUCUGGGAUCUCUCAAGCCUCAGAGUAUGAUGACCCUCCAGGCCUGAGGGAGAAGGCAGAGUAUCUUCUGAGGGAGUGGGUGAAUCUCUACCAUUCAGCAGCAGCUGGCCGCGACAGUACCAAAGCUUUCUCUGCGUUUGUUGGACAGAUGCACCAGCAAGGAAUACUGAAGACUGAUGAUCUCAUAACAAGGUUCUUUCGUCUGUGUACUGAAAUGUGUGUUGAAAUCAGUUACCGUGCUCAGGCUGAGCAGCAGCACAAUCCUGCUGCUAAUCCCACCAUGAUCCGAGCCAAGUGCUAUCACAACCUGGAUGCCUUUGUUCGACUCAUUGCACUGCUCGUGAAACACUCAGGGGAGGCCACCAACACUGUCACAAAGAUUAAUCUGCUGAACAAGGUCCUUGGUAUAGUAGUGGGAGUUCUCCUUCAGGAUCAUGAUGUUCGUCAGAGUGAAUUUCAGCAGCUUCCCUACCAUCGAAUUUUUAUCAUGCUUCUCUUGGAACUCAAUGCACCUGAGCAUGUGUUGGAAACCAUUAAUUUCCAGACACUUACAGCUUUCUGCAAUACAUUCCACAUCUUGAGGCCUACCAAAGCUCCUGGCUUUGUAUAUGCCUGGCUUGAACUGAUUUCUCAUCGGAUAUUUAUUGCAAGAAUGCUGGCACAUACGCCACAGCAGAAGGUGUGGCUGCAGUUUAUCUCCUUGAUUAGGUGUUGCUGCUUCAAGGUUGUGGGCCCCCUGUGUCAGUCUCUCAAGGGCACUUUAAGAGUGCUGCUGGUUCUUUUGCAUGAUUUCCCAGAGUUCCUUUGUGAUUACCAUUAUGGGUUCUGUGAUGUGAUCCCACCUAAUUGUAUCCAGUUAAGAAAUUUGAUCCUGAGUGCCUUUCCACGCAACAUGAGGCUCCCCGACCCAUUCACUCCUAAUCUAAAGGUGGACAUGUUGAGUGAAAUUAACAUUGCUCCCCGGAUUCUCACCAAUUUCACUGGAGUAAUGCCACCUCAGUUCAAAAAGGAUUUGGAUUCCUAUCUUAAAACUCGAUCACCAGUCACUUUUCUGUCUGAUCUGCGCAGCAACCUACAGGUAUCCAAUGAACCUGGGAAUCGCUACAACCUCCAGCUCAUCAAUGCACUGGUGCUCUAUGUCGGGACUCAGGCCAUUGCACACAUCCACAACAAGGGCAGCACGCCUUCAAUGAGCACCAUCACUCAUUCAGCACACAUGGAUAUCUUCCAGAAUUUGGCUGUGGACUUGGACACUGAGGGUCGCUAUCUCUUUUUGAAUGCAAUUGCAAAUCAGCUCCGGUACCCAAAUAGCCACACUCACUACUUCAGUUGCACCAUGCUGUACCUUUUUGCAGAGGCCAAUACAGAAGCCAUCCAAGAACAGAUCACAAGAGUUCUCUUGGAACGGUUGAUUGUAAAUAGGCCACAUCCUUGGGGUCUUCUUAUUACCUUCAUUGAGCUGAUUAAAAACCCAGCGUUUAAGUUCUGGAACCAUGAAUUUGUACACUGUGCCCCAGAAAUCGAAAAGUUAUUCCAGUCGGUCGCACAGUGCUGCAUGGGACAGAAGCAGGCCCAGCAAGUAAUGGAAGGGACAGGUGCCAGUUAGAUGAAACUGCAUCUCCGUUGUACGUGUGUCAGCCUAGAGGUCUCACUGCACCGAGUUCACAAACUGAAGAAUCCUUUCAGCUCUUCCUGACUUUCCCAGCCCUUUGGUUUGCGGGUAUCUGCCCCAACUACUGUUGGGAUCAGCCUCCUGUCUUAUGUGGGCACGUUCCAAAGUUUAAAUGCAUUUUUUUGACUCUUGGCCAAAAUUUAGAAGAUGCUGUGAAUAUCAUUUUGAACUUGUGUAAAUACAUGAAAGAGAAAACCUUUGUCUGGAA